AUGGCCGCGCAACUUGCGAAUGCCGAUUUCCUCGCCAAUGCUCUCGUGAGCCUCGAUAUCAACGCGCCGCCACAGUUCGACGCAGACGAGUUCGCCGCCGCUUUCGACAACAUCACAAUCGAAGAGGACGACAUCGACAGCAACAUCAAGGAAGCUCCAGGCCCCACUCUGCCAACUCGACUCAUCGGUCCCCAUGGACAAUAUCACGAACUGCAACUCGAUUUCCCAGCACUCGACCUCCUCAACAAGGGAUACGAGAAGUUCCUGAUCCAUGAACCGAAGGAGAUCAUUUUCCGCGACCGUCCAAAGCUGAAGAACUUCCACCUUCGAGCCGAGAACCUCACCUUCUCCACCAGACUCGACACUCCUCGCUCUGUCGGGUUCAGCUUUCUCUUACCACCUGAGCUCCCCGCGAUUGAGCAGCACAACACCCUCGUAGAUCUCGUGCAGCGUCUGUCAUGCUCACCAGGUAUCAGCAACCUCGAAGUGCUACAGUUCAAAUUCUACGGCCACGAGCGCAUCAGGUUCCGGCUCACUACCACAUUUUUACUUGCCACCGGCUUCUCGCACCGUGAAGUGAUGAUGUACGAGUACACCGCGAUCGAGUGGCAACGCUAUCGUGCUGCCAACAGAGAUCUGAAAUGGAUGAAGCUACUGAACAACCUCGUUGAUCGUGCCUCCGACCGCGCCUACCUGUCUGCACGUGAGAAGAUGAAGAAGGCAGACCCAAAGCUCGUCGAGUCAGACGACUCGUUCAUAGACAAGAAGUGGAAGAUGUACAACAUCGGCAGUGCAAACAUCGUGCUGUUCAGACGUCUUGACAACUUCAAGAAGCAAGUCGUUGAGGAGAAUGGAUGGCAAGGAACGGAACAGCAGUACUUGAUGGAGCUAGAGUGUGGACAUCGCAUGGUGCUCUCGCUAGUCUACGUACUACAUCGCAUGCCUGAGGAGGAGGUCAAGUCUUUCUGCUGCUCGUUCUGUGGCGAGCGCGUUCUCGCUGACCGUCAUCUCCGUCGCAUCGAGUUGGUGCAUGACCACGAGAAGAGAGCCCUGUUCCUGUACAAGGAGCCAAAGUGGAAACUUCUCCGCGCCCAGGUCAUGAACGACAUCUUCCAGAUCCGUGUUGCAGAUCUCGUGGCGGCGCUGAUGGAGACGCUGGGCAGCUUUGACGUGCCGGAGUCGGUUUCGCCAGCAGAGUUGAUUUCCGUGAACUCCCCGGAGACUCAGAUCAUCCUGCAGUCCUUCGCAACACUAUUCGGACGCAGCUGUGUUGUGAUGAGCGCGGCGUUCCGCUUCGACCGCUACGACACGCGCUGCCUGAUGAUGAUGAACGCGAUCAGAGUCAUUCGCAUUCACACUGGCCUUGCUCAGAGCAAUGUCCGUAUGUUGAAGCAAACACUACCGCCGCUGUAUUUCCGCUUCCUUGGUAUAUGGUUCACCAGAGCUAUCGUGCUCUGUGCUGCUAAAGUGGCAGAGCAGAAGGCCACAGCUGCCAAGGCCGCCGAGGAAGCCGAUCGUAUGAAGAUGUAA